AUGCCGCCCUUUCGCGAUGAUCAGAUCUUUAUCAUCGCACCCGGCUCAGAGACCACCCUCGCCCAACUCGGCCUCCCAGAAUCCUUCACCCCAGCUCGCUUCCGUCUGCGAUCGCGCAUGUUCCUCGGUGAACAGUCUGGCGAAUACGAACCCGUAAAGAUCAGAAAGAAGGAAAAGAAAGCGAAGCCUGAGACAGAAGGUGCGGCCACAAAUGGCGAUCACUCCACGGAGGAGCCAGAAUGGGAGGAAGAUCGCAUAUCAGAAGACGGCGCUGUGUGGCCGAUACGGAAAGGCUCGAUCGUAGACUGGCCGUGUUUCUACGCCCUCAUGGAGCACGUCUGCAACACCGUCAACCCUCCCUUCCACACACCAAUUCUUCUAAUAUCAGAACCCAGCUGGACACACAAGGAAUACGAGAAAGUCGCACAAUUCUUCUUCGAAAAGUUCAAAGUACCGGGUCUGGCCAUGAUGGACUCUGCUCUGGCAGCGACAUACGCAUAUGGCAUUCCAACCGCGACUGUGGUGGAUGUGGGACUGGACAAGGCGGAUAUCACUUGCAUUGCAGACUUCAUGAGGCAAGACAUUGGCAGAUCGCUUGCUGUUCCAGACUGUGGUGGUGAGGCUAUGACACAGCGGCUGGAAGAAUUACUGAAAGGCCGGAAAGGCUUUACAAGAGACGUGUGCGAACAGUUGAAGAAGAGCACCAUUUGCGAAAUUCUACCAGCCGACGCCGAGGUACCGGAGUCAGACGCUACAGAGGGUGCGACCAACCCAGCUGCAGCUGCAUCUACCGGCGCGGAUGGUGCAGCGCCAGGGCAGAGGAAGCCUUCAGUAGCUGGCGAGCUCCCCAGAGGCCCAGGUCCGGGAACAGAGGUUGGCGAGGAGAAAAAGUUGGAAGAUGAAGAGGGCGUCCUUGAUAUUGCAAGUAUCGUCACUGGAGGCAACAUGGGCGAGUAUCUUGCCCAGAAAGACCGUGAGAAGCAGGAAAAGGCCACCGCGAAACAGCAGCGGAAAGCGAGUGAGGCGCAAAUACAGGCCAACAAGCCCGCGAGGUUACCAAAUGCCAAGCGAAGUCGAAAUACGUUCAUGUACGAGGACUUCGCGCUGCACGAUGCAAUGAAGAAGGCUGGUAUGACGAACCAAGGUAUGGUGGAUAUGCAGGCGUCUCUGGACGAUGGCGGCAACAAGGAGCCGCAAUCAGCAGUGUCGGACAAGCCUGCCGAUGCAGGAUUUGAGAAGUCUGACGGCACCAUGGACACAUCGCCAACCGGUGGGUUCAGACGAGAAGUGGAAGUCGGGCCGGAGCGAUUUCAAGCUGCUUCUGGCGGUCUACUGGAUCGCCUGGCAGAUGCCAUCCACCGUACCAUCUGGUCAUGUGGCGAGCUCGGCAAGCGCAGUGAUUUGUGGGACAAUAUGAUCAUACUGGGGAAUGGAUCCAAGGUCCGAGGCUUCAAAGAGGCGCUCCUCGCCAAGCUUCAGGCGAAAUACAUCAUCUCGCCCUCAUCAGCCACGAUAUUCACAUCCGAACUUCCCUCGAACAUGUCGACACCGAUGGCUACUGGCGCAAACACACCGCAGCCGCAGCUUCCCGGUCAGCAACACCACAGCUCGGGCGUGAACCCCUUACUUCAUGCCGCCCUCACCGCACAAAACCCGCAACUGCAUCCAUCUGCGCCUGGCAUGUCGCAGCCACAUCAACAGAACAUGCAUUCGUCUCACAGUCAGACGCCGACAAGCAUCAAGGUAGCCAAGAUCCCCGACUACUUCCCUGAGUGGAAGGAGGUCGGAUACGAUGAGGCAUCGUUCUUGGGCGCGCAGGUGGCUGGCAAGCUGCUGUUCAUUGUGGAUGGCGGUGCGAGUAAGGGGUACAUGACGAGGACGGACUACAACGAGCAGGGCCCGUCUGGUAUUCAUGAUUUACGGAUGUGA